AACGUGUGUGGAGAGGGUCAUGUGAUCUCAGGGAUGUCCAAUGAGGCGAUUUCUUACAGCCCGUGGAACUGGAGAGCCAAAGAAAACCCCGUUCUUACACUCUGCCUUGAUGAUGUUCUGAAACUGCUAGAGCUGCAGCAUGGUACCCGCUCGGUACUGCGUCCCUGGUGAGAAACUCUGCAGUCUAGAGGAAGGAACCUCUGGCAGUGGUACCUACACCCGUCAUGGUUCUAUCUUUGCCUCUUUGGCUGGUUGCCUUGUGAAGAAAAGUGAGAAUGGCAUGUUACCAGUGGUCUCUGUAAUGAGAGAUGUGGAGUCUCAGCUUCUUCCAGAUGUGGGUGCUACUGUAACAUGCAAGGUUUGCAGCAUUAACUCUCGUUUUGCCAAGGUGCACAUCUUGUAUGUCGGUUCUACACCACUGAAAUCUCCAUUCCGUGGAACAAUACGGAGAGAAGAUAUCCGAGCUACAGAGAAAGACAAGGUAGAACUUUAUAAGAGUUUCCGGCCAGGAGAUAUUGUUUUGGCCAAAGUUAUCUCUCUGGGGGAUGCACAGUCCAACUACUUGCUGACCACAGCAGAAAAUGAGCUGGGAGUAGUGGUGGCUCAUAGUGAAGCAGGAGUACAGAUGGUGCCAAUCAGCUGGUGUGAAAUGCAGUGUCCCAGUACACAUGCCAAGGAACUGCGCAAGGUAGCCCGGGUCCAGCCCCAGUUCCUGCAGACAUAGUAACUGGUACACCCCUACCAUAUAACUGCAGGAAAGACUUAACUUAGGGGAAAGACCCCGAGACUGUAUAGGUGGCUACUGUGGAUAGAUCUCAUGGGCGUGCAAGAUGGAACUGGACCUGAAGAAUCCUAGGUUUACUCCUGCCUCUGGAAAGGUUUGGAGAAAGAGAUCUUGAUUAGACCGUGUCCUCCAAUUUUACUUCUCUACUGUACUACUUUAAGACAAUAAAUCCUUCCCCAUGGUU